UAGACAUUUCAGAGAAAUUCACUUUAUGAAAACUAAACAUGUCAUGUACGGAUAGUUUAUAAUUGUUAGGAAGAAGUGUGUUCUGUUUUUGUGAAUUAAAUAUAUCAAUCUGAAUUAAGAGCAAGUUUUUAAAAUGUCGAAUAGAGAAGAAAUACUCGCAAAUUUCCAGGCUUGUACUGGAGUCGAAGAUCUUGCUUUAGCAAUUUGUCAUCUGGAUGAAUGCAAUUGGGAUUUGAUGAGUGCUGUAAGCAGGGUUAUAUCACCUGAAAGCCAAACAUUCCAAACAAAUAAUAGGAAUGAUUCUGAUGUGAUGAUAGUCGAUGAUGAUGUACCAGCAGCUGUACCAAAUGAAACAGCUUCAAGCUCAUCUAGAAUGGAGAAUAAUUUCGAACGUCCAGCUGUAAGAAUACCAGGAUACAGCAGGAAUCAUCUCAGUCAACCAUCCACAUCAAGAGGAGUUUCAAGUAGAAGAAUGAUAUCUUUCAAGGUGUCAUUCGCCGGUAAAUUUGCUUCAAUUGAGCUGCCAGAUAACUCCACAAUCAAGGAUUUGAAGAAAGCUUUACAGAAGGAAUUCAAGGUACCAGUCUGUCGUCAGAUAUUACUUGGAUGGGUCAAGAAGAAUCAAGAUGAAAACACUCCUUUCUAUAAGCUUAUGAUAAAUAGAGAGAACGCACUUGAUUUGGUUGUCAUGGGAGGAGACCAAGAGAAUAAUUCAGAGAGGGAGAAUGAAUUGGCGGAAAAACUGACUGGUAUGUUCACCUUGAAUGUUAAAUAUGAAGAUCAAAUAUUUAACUUGAACUUUGGAGGAUCCUCAACAGUUUUAGAAGUAAAAAAUGGCUUAUAUGCAUUAACUAAUAUUGAAGUUAGGAACCAAAGAUGGAUUGGUUGGCCCAACUCAGUAAAAGAUGAAAUGCCUUUAGCAUUGUCUGGAAUAAAUUAUCCAGAGCAUGAUCUCAUCCUAAGUAGAAACAAUCAGAGGGAUAAUGAAACAAAUCACAAUAACGCAGUUAUAAGAAUAGACAGUGAUGAUGAGGAAUAUGUGGAUGCGGCAGAAUCUAUAAAUGGUGAUGACGAUUAUUUUGUUGAAGAUUUAUCUUCUAGAAGGCACGAACCACUGAUUCCUGAAAAUGUGGGCGAUGAGCUAACUGGUUGUACAACAUUCAUUGAGCGAUUUUCCGCUCGUUAUGGACCAGUUCAUCCAACGUUUUUCCCAGGCCCUCUCAGUGCUGCUCUUCAGGAAGCUUGCAAUAAACCUGCUAAGGAUAGAAAAAUCCUUGCUAUUUAUCUACAUCAUGAUAAGAGUGUGCUGACAAAUGUUUUCUGCAGUCAACUCUUAGGGUUUGAGAGUGUUAUGGAAAUGCUGGACCAUUAUUUCGUUCUAUGGGGUUGGGACAUAACCUUCCCAAGUAAUGCCAGGAAACUAGAUUCAAUAGUUGGUUCUAACUUAGGUUCUCUCGCAUCCACUAAUUUGAAAGAUAUGGACAUUGAAAGGUUACCUGCAUUAGUCUUAAUUAUGAGAAUUAGAGGAUCCACUGAUAUUUUCAAUGUGAUCGAAGGUAAUCUUGGGGUAAAUGAAUUCUUAUCUCGUUUAUUAGAAGCUAUUGAAUUGUUUACCACUCAGCAAAAAGUGGAAGUUAAAGAAGAAGAAGAAAGAUCCGAACGGGAAAGAGUGAAAAUGGAACAAGAUAUCGCUUUCCAUGAAAGUCUUGCAGCUGACAAGGCUAAAGAUGAAGCCAAAAGACUAAAGGAAGAAGCAGAAGAGGCUGCAAGAUUACAAAGAGAGAACGAAAUUGCUACAGAAAUGCGAAGGAAAGAGGGACAACGACUAGAGGCAGAAAGCAGGUUACAUCCAGAACCUCCACUUGAACAAGGAGAUCGAGAUGCUAUUACAAAAAUUAGGUUUAGGUUGCCAAAGGGAGGUCAUUUGGAAAGGAGAUUUCUUGUGUCUGCUUCUUUACAAGUGUUACAAGAUUAUCUAACCGUGGAGGGUUACCCUAGUGAAGAUUACAAAAUAAUAUCCAGCUGGCCGAGAAGAGAUUUAACUGCAAUAGAUCAAACCAAAACACUCGAAGAACUGAAACUAUAUCCUCAAGAAACUGUGAUAUUAGAGGAACGAUGAUUUAUAUUAAAAGGGUUAAGCAUUUUGAAGAUACCAUUCAAUUGACCAGAUGUUAAUGUACAUUAACAUGUUUUUUAAUGGUGUAUAAAAUGCUCGAUUUUGAACUUUUAAUUUAUUUUAUUAUAUUAAUGUUUAAGGGAAAAUGAAUUUUUAUUACAAUUCCUUACAAUAAAUAACUUUUGAUGGAA